AUGAGUAUCCAAAUGCAAGGCGCCUUUGACGCAAUAUCGUUGCCUAUCACUGCGAUGGCUUGCACAUUUAUAUUCAUUCUUUACUACGUCACCACUGCGGUGACAGCCUGGUAUCGAUUACGGCACUUCCGAGGACCAUUCCUGGCAUCAUUCUCAUACCUAUGGCUCUUCCGUGCGGCUGUGUCAGAACAGGCAUACAAAGUCCAUCUCGCAACGAGAAAGCACUACGGCACUGGCCUGGUGCGUAUUGGACCCGACAUUCUCAUCACUGACGAUCCGCAAGUUCUCCAGCAGAUCAAUGGUGUCCGUGGAGGUUACAAGAAGGCAGACUGGUAUGGGGUGAUGAGAUUGGAUCCUUUCGUCCAUAGUAUGAUUAGUACACGAGAUGUCGCCUUCCACGAUGAUGAGAAAUCACGCGCAGCAGCUGCGUACUCGGGACGAGACGUUCCUUCCAUGGAGCACGAUCUUGAUGGUCAAAUCGAGAAUCUCAAGAGUUUGCUACGCAGGAAAUACGUGUCAACUCCUCAGCAGAAUCGGCCCGUGGACUGGGGUCUCCUGGCACAGUACUUCACGGUCGAUUCACUAACCACUAUGGCAUACGGUGAAGCGUUCGGGGGCCUGGCGACUGACACUGACGUUCAUGGUUACAUGAGAAGUGUGGAGGAGAACGGAAUUGCCUUUGCCCUAUGUUCCGAUGUGCCUUGGAUGGGUAAGAUCGCCCUCACGGAAUUUGUCAUGAAGCUGGUUGGACCCAAAAAGACAGAUAAAAGAGGCAUGGGCCUCAUCAUGGCUCUGGGAGAAAGAGUUGUUGGACAACGAUUCACUCCCAACGCAAAAGACCGUCCGGAUAUGUUGGGAUCAUUCAUCCGGCGUGGCAUGUCGCAAACCCAAUGUGUGGCAGAGAUAUUGACCGCACUGAUAGCCGGGUCCGACACCACCGCAAACUCGAUUCGCAUGGGUCUUCUCCUCCUCGCAGCCACGCCACGUGUAUACACACGUCUUCAGAGGGAGAUCGACGAAGGAAUCAUGAAUGGUACCAUCUCCUCUCCGAUCAAGGUUGCUGAAGCCAAAGCUUUGCCAUACCUCCAAGCAUUCAUCUGGGAGAGCUUACGAUUCUCCCCACCUGUGGCUCUUCUUUUCCCCAAGGUUGUGCCACCGGAAGGAGACACGAUAGAUGGCAAAUUUGUCCCAGGGGGCACGAAAAUCGCGUUCGACUCGUGGUCCUUUGGCCGGCGUACUGACAUCUAUGGUGAUGAUGCUGGAGUCUUCCGUCCGGAGCGAUUCCUCGAUGUCUCUGGGGAGAGGAGGCUUGAGAUGGAAAAGAUUACUGAGCUUUUGUUCGGGUUCGGACGCUAUAUGUGCGCAGGUAAGGUGUUUGCCUUCAUGGAAUUGAACAAGAUAUUCGUCGAGGUAAGGAAAUCCAAUAUUUCUCCCUUCCUCAAAGUGGUAGACACUGAUCAGCGGCAGCUCCUUCGAGAUUUUGACUUCCAAGUUCUUAACCUCGAAAAACCUUAUGCGAUGUCACAACGUGCAAUGUUCGUUAUUCGGGACAUGUGGAUGAGAGUCACGGAAAGAGAAUGUCGUGGGACAAGCAGUUGUUAA